UGUUCUCGUCUUGUCCAGGUUUUAUGGUUUCUUUUGAGUCCAGAGAGUCAAAUAAAAUGGCCCAUGGCCUUCCAAAACAUGCCACAAGUCUUUCUGGUUUUGUGUCUCGGCUUGAGGAUGGCCCACAAUGGCUUACUAAUUUGCUUCAUGCUGAUAUGUGUUAUAUUUUGUCGUAAUAUAUGAAAUCUCUUCUUUUCAAAAAAAGAAAAAAAAAAAAAAACAAAAAAGAAAUAAGAAUAAAAAAGAAGAAAUUAGAUCGGAGGAAAACACAAGAGGAAACUACUAUGGCAUCCAAAUCUUCAACACCGCCAUAUCCAAGUGCUGCGAGAAUUUCUGACUCUCCUUGCUAUCCUCAAUAUUCUGCUUCUCUCAAAUGUCUAGAAGAAUAUCAAUCAGACAAAAGCAAAUGCCAAGAACACUUUGAUAUUUACAAGGAAUGCAAGAAAAAGGAGAGGGAAGCUCGCCUAGAACGCAACAGCAAACGGUCGUUUUUCUCAUGAAGUUCCUUUUGCCUCUUUUGUUAAUUGAGCAGAAGUCGGAUUUUAGCUCCUUAUUAGUUUGUGUUAAAUGUAUAGAGCUAGACAGUGAAUACGAAAACAAAUAAUGGAUCAUGCUUUAUUUUCUAUACUAUGAGUAAAGCUAAACUGAGAGGAUGUUCCAAUUUUCAUGGAAUUGAAAGUUUGAACAUAUAUUCUGUA